GCGUUUAUUCAAAUUGGAUAAUCUUUGGAUGCCGACAGCAGUCGCACCAUUGAAAGACAUAGCUUGGACUGUGACCUACUCCCAUUCCUGCGCUUUUCCCGCGAUCCAUCAAACACAUUUGGUGUGUCUUCAUAGUGGUCUCUGAUUUGUGGUCAGACUCGCUCAGAGAAGUCUAAAGGUUUUUUUUCGCAAACAUCCUUUCUGAAUUAAAAAAUGAUCCUUGAAGUAAUCAUCUAUUUUAUUCAAAAGUAUCUGUAAUCUGAUUACAAUUUUGUUUCUGGUAACCUAACGGAUUACGGUUACCGUUUUUGUAAUCCCAUACACGUACAAUUUUUACAUGUAAUCCUGUACUCCCCAACCCUGUUGAUAUCACCAUAAUUUUUAAGAAGGCCUAUAUAUACAGCAAGACAUUAGUCUAAAGACAUUGCUCGGGACCGUGGUAUUAGGAUGAGAAAAAAAGGCAGAUGAGAUAAUUUUGCAUAGGAUACAAAUAUUAAUCCCCUAUAAUAUCAAUCCCCGAUCUUAAUGAUAAAAAAGUCUAAUACUUUUACAAUGAAGUGUGAAUAAAUGUGUCCUCGAUGUUAGUGCGAGUGGAUGUGAGAUCAGAAACAGACAGGCGGCCCCAUUAUGCAGAUCUCCGAUGUCACCUCUGGGCUAUCCACACUUCGCCAAGUACAGGAACAGAGGAACAGACUAAUGGCCCGGCUACAGUCAACACCACACUCCUCACGUGUGUAUUUGGUACAACAAGAGAUUAGCAUUAUUCGCAAAUAUACAACCGAGUUCAAAGGCACUGUGGCUGCUGCCUUGUCUCUUCCCUUUUGUUUUCAUCCAAAGCUUCAAAAAAUGUGUUUGGCCUAAUCAUCCAACGAUGUGUUUUCCCCUCUGACAAAUACUUGAUAUAACCUAGGAUACUAAUCAAUUAUGUUUAAUACCAUAAACAUAUUGUAUGCUAUUGACAAUACGGCCUAAUAACAUUUUAACAUGUCUUUUUUUCGUAAGAUACAUAACGAAUGUAUGAAAUAUGAACAGCUCUGAAAAUGUUUUAAGCUAUGCAAGAGUAAACGAAUAUCCAAACAUGUUUAGAAAAUGCAUAGGCCUCUGUCAUGAAGGCUAUAAACCUGAAAGGCAACGAAGAAGUUAUUCUUAUUCAUACAUGACCCUGUUUAAAGUAGGCCUAGAGGCCUAUAGGUACUUUUUACAUUUUGUAUUGACGCAAUUAUGAUGGGCAUUUUUGCAUUGGGGACAUCGAAGAGACGCUCGAAACACUACCAUUAGGCCAUCGGGGUGUGGUCUCGAACGCAACGCCACACCCCUAUCCCCAUGUGGUCCCGGGGGCCUUAUAUGAUCAGGCCUUGGGGUCUCAAGCCAGUAGUACUUAUCUCACUGUCAAAACGAAUCUAGAAACAGUGAAUCCUAUUCUAACGGUAUAUUUCGCGGAACACCACACGAACUCAUCCUAUAGGAAAGGAAAUAUGACUUCUUCAAACUCCGACCAGCGGCUGGACCACCUUCUGAGCGUGGUGGAGAGCGAGUUUCAGAAGGGGAGCGAGAAAGGAGACGCAUCGGAGAGGGAUAUUAAACUGGGACUAGAAGACGCAGAAUUAUGGACCAAGUUUAAAGAACUAACCAACGAAAUGAUCGUCACCAAGACUGGCAGGCGGAUGUUUCCAGUGCUCAGAGCGAAUGUGAGCGGCUUGGACCCCAACGCCAUGUACUCAGUCCUAUUGGACUUCGUGGCUGCAGACAACAACCGGUGGAAGUACGUGAAUGGCGAGUGGGUUCCCGGUGGCAAGCCCGAGCCACAGAGCCCUAGCUGCGUCUACAUCCACCCAGACUCGCCUAACUUCGGAGCACACUGGAUGAAAGCGCCUGUCUCAUUCAGCAAAGUCAAACUGUCCAAUAAACUCAACGGGGGAGGACAGAUCAUGCUGAACUCUCUGCACAAGUAUGAGCCCAGGAUACACAUUGUGAAGGUUGGAGGGCUCCAGAAGAUGAUCAGUAGCCAGUCUUUCCCUGAGACUCAGUUCAUCGCUGUCACUGCAUACCAGAACGAAGAGAUAACUGCGUUGAAGAUCAAACACAAUCCAUUCGCUAAAGCUUUCCUUGACGCCAAAGAGAGGAGCGACCAUAAAGACAUUCCAGACCAUGGUGGAGACAGUCAACAGUCUGGUUAUUCCCAACUUGGUGGUUGGUUCCUACCUGGUAACGGCCCUAUGUGCUCCAGCAGCAGCCCCCCUCCGUUCAGCGGGGCCCCUGGCCCCUCCUCAGGGUCUUAUUGUGAGAGGUACUCCAGCCUGAGGGGCCACAGGGCAGCCCCCUACCCCAGCCACUACCCACACCGCUCCUCCAGCUCAAACAACUACAUGGACAACUCGUCGGGAGUCCUGCCCACCCAUGACAGCUGGUCAGCCCUUCAGAUCCCUAACUCCUCUGGGAUGGGAACCCUGGCCCAUACCACCAACUCCACAUCCAACUCCAGCCAGUAUCCUAGCCUGUGGUCUGUUGCCGGCACAACCCUAACUCCUUCUGGCUCCUCCUCUGGUUCCAUUGCUGGCGGUCUGACCAGCCAGUUCCUGCGAGGCUCCUCCUACACUGGCCUGACCUCCUCCCUGCCCGUUUCCUCACCAUCCUCCAUGUACGAUCCCAGCCUUAGUGAGGUGGGUGUAGGCGUGGGCGAGGCCCAGUUCGAAAGCUCCAUCGCCAGGCUCACCGCCUCCUGGGCACCUGUGGCUCAGAGCUACUGAGCACAAUGCAUCUUCCAUCAGACAUUGACUCUCCUCAAGCACCAUCCUGCUCCACAUCACCUCCCUCUCUACUGCCUGACGAUCACCUAGGAAACCUUUGGGUUGAUGCAUUACAUGUGGACAGCAACGCCUGUGAAAGGCAGAGAGUCAGCUCAGAAGAAGAUCUAUCUGAAGCAGAGAGAUGUAGGGUCCUCUCAGGCCUUGUGUUUUACCAACAUGAAAUGGUUGGUUUCUCCAUUACAAAGACCCUAGAUUUUAGGUUGCCAUUCUUAAGUUACACACUUGCUGUCUUAGUGGAAGAGGCAUGUGUUUUUCCAUUGGGAGUUUCCUUCACUCUGUCCGAGGUGCAGUUACAAGCCAAAGACAAUCUGACAAUACUUCCUCCACAAUCGUUCCAGUUGCUGGUGUGUUACUGUAGUCGUGCCCUUCAGUACAGACACAGGACUCAAAGACAAUCGUACACUGGCGUAAGACAAUCAGGAUCACUAGCUACCCAAAGCUAAGUUUAUGAAGUACCCCCCUCAACUUUACUAAAGGGGCCAAUCCUUACAGUGGCUUGCAAAAGUAUUCACCCCCUUGGCAUUUUUCCUAUUUUGUUGCAUUACAUCCUGGAAUUGAAAUUGAUUUUAUGGUGGGUUGUAUCAUUUGAUUCACACAACAUGCCAACCACUUUGAAGAUGCAAUUUUAUUUAUUUAUUGUGAAACAAACAAGAAAUAAGACAAAAAAAAACAGAAAACUUGAGCGUGCAUAACUAUUCACCCCCCCAAAGUCAAUACUUUGUAGAGCCACCUUUUGCAGCCAUUACAGCUACAAGUAUCUUGGGUUAUGUCUCUAUAAGCUUGGCACAUCUAGUCACUGGGAUUUUUGUCCAUUCUUCAAGGCAAAACUGCUCCAGCUCCUUCAAGUUGAAUGGGUUCCCGCUGGUGUAGAGCAAUCUUUAAGUCAUACCACAGAUUCUCAAUUGGCCAUUCCAAGACAUUUAAAUGUUUCCCCUUAAAACAACCGAGUAUUGCUUUAGCAGUAUGCUUAGGGUCAUUGUCUUGCUGGAAGGUGAACCUCGUCCCAGUCUCUAAUCUCUGGAAGACUUCUGACCAGUUUCCCAGUCCCUGCUGAUGAAAAACAUCCCAAAAGCAUGAUGCUGCCACCACCAUGCUUCACUGUGGGGAUGGUGUUCUCAGGGUGAUGAGAGGUGUUGGGUUUGCACCAGACAUAGCAUUUCAUUGAUGGCCAAUAAGCAAAAUUCUAAUCUCAACUGACCAGAGUAGCUUCUUCCACAGGUUUGGGGAGUUUCCCACAUGUCUUUUGGCGAACACCAAACAUGUUUGCUUAUUUUAUUCUUUAAGCAAUGGCUUUUUCUCUGGCCACUUUUCCCGUAAAGCCCAGCUCUGUGGAGUGAACAGCUUAAAGUGGUCCUAUGGACAGAUACUGUGGAGCUUUGCAGAUCCUUCAGGGUUAUCUUUGGUCUCUUUGUUGCCUCUCUGAUAUUUGCCUCCUUGCCUGGUCCGUAAAUUUUGGUGGGCGGCCCUCUCUUGGCAGGUUUGUUGUGGUGUCAUAUUCUUUCAAUUUUUUAAUUCUGGAUUUAAUGGUGCUCCGUGGGAUGUUCAAAGUUUCAGAUAUUUUUUUAUAACUCAACCCUGAUCUGUACUUCCCCACAACUUUGUCCCUGACCUGUUUGGGGAGCUCAUUGGUCUUCAUGGUGGAGCUUGCUUGGUGGUGCCUCUUGCUUAGUGGUAUUGCAGACUCUGGGGCCUUUCAGAACAGGUGUAUAUAUACGAUGAAAAUAAAACCUAAUAUAACUGAAACGGAAAGCAUUUGCAUUUUUGCGCAGUCCAGGCAGUGCUGAGAGGGAUAGUUUGGCCUGCUAUUUGUCUGGUUCUGGUUGGAUGUCUUGGGGAACUGGGAGGUAGGGAGACCAGCACGCCUCUGCAACCACCUGGGAGGUGAGAUCAUGUGACAGAUCAUGUGACACUUAGAUUACACACAGGUGGACCUUAUUUGACUAAUUAUGUGACUUCUGAAGGUAAUUGGUUGCACCAGAUGUUAUUUAGGGGCUUCAUAGCAAAGGGGGUGAAUACAUAUGCACACACCACUUUCAGUUUUUUAUUUUAGAGAAUUUUUUUAAACAACACAUUUUUUUCAUUUCACUUCACCAAUUUGGACUAUUUUGUGUAUGUCCAUUGCAUGACAUCCAAAUAAAAAUCUUAUUUAAGUUACAGGUUGCCAGAAAACAAGAAAAAACACCAAGGGGGAUGAAUACUUUUGCAAGGCACUGUAUGUUUGACUGUUUAUUGUUACAAUUAGUGUUAUUAUUAUGACACAGAUAAAUAAAAUGAAAUAAUAUUGGUGAUCUAACAUUAAAAAAUGUAUAUGUGUGUAUAUAUAAUAUACUGAACAAAAAUAUAAAUGCAACAUGCAACAAUUUCAACGAUUUUACUGAGUCACAUUUCAUCGGAGGAAAUCAGUCAAUUGAAAUCAAUUCAAUAGGCCAUAAUCUAUGGAUUUCACAUGACUUGGCAGGGGCGCCAAUCAGAAUGAGUUUUUCUCCACAAAAGGGCUUUAAUACAGAUAGAAAUACUCCUCAGUUUCAUCAGCUGUCCAGGUGGCUGGUCUCAGACGACCCUGCAGGUGUAGAAGCCGGAAGUGGAGGCCCUGGACUGGCGUGGUUCCUUGUAGUCUGUGUUUGUGAGAACGGUUGGAUGUACUGCCAAAUUCUCUAAAACGACAUUGGAGACGGCUUAUGGUAAAUAUGUGAACAUUCAAUUAUCUGGCCACAGCUCUGGUGGAGAAUCCUGCAGUCAGCAUGCCAAUUGCCCGCUCCAUCAAGACAUCUGUGGCGAUGUGUUGUUUGACAAAACUGCACAUUUUAGAGUGGCCUUUAAUUGUCCCCAGCACAGGGUGCACCUGUGUAAUGAUCAUGCUGUUUAAUCAGCUUCUUGAUAUGCAACACCUGUCAGGUGGAAGGAUUAUCCUUGUGCACAACAUUUGACAGAAAUCAUCUUUUUGUGCGUAUGGAACAUUUCUGGGAUCUUUAAAUAGAGCUCAUGAAACAUGGGACCAACACUUUACAUAUUGCGUUCAUAUUUUUGUUAAGUAUAAAUUAACGUCCAUUUUCAUUCUUAGCCAUUUACAUGUAACUGUUUUGGAUCCAGUGUCAGUGUGUUGCUUUUCGUGGCCUGAAGGAAAAUGAGAAAAGAAAGAAAGUUCCCUGUAUCCUCCCACAGCAGCCAAGGAGAAAGAACAGAUAUCUCUUCUCCUUCGCUCUGUGUACAUUCCCUCCUUGCCAAUCACAUGUACAUAUCUAUUCUAUUUGUAUUUGUUGGACUCAUUCAGAGUUUGUUUAUUUAUGUCAUUUUAAUAAUAAAUUAAAAGUUCCUUUGUUUU